AUGCUUCCUACAAGAGUCCUCCGCGCCGCCCGCGGGCCCAAGCCCAACAUCACCGGCUUCAACAUGCGAGCAUUCAAAGAGGCCGCCGGCCAGCCCCGCUACGACCCCUGGGAGCGAGCGGAGGCCUGGAGAUACACCGGCACUUUUUCCCGGCGGAACCGCUUCAAGGGCGCGCUCCCCGGCCUCGGCACUGCAACGGUUCUUUUCGCGGGAUACUGCCUCUACGAACACUUCUUCCUCGACGACGAGCAUCAUCAUGCCACGGCCCACGGCCAGGAGGAGCACCACUGA